UGAGCCUGCGCCCCUCGGGACGGGAUCUCGAAGAGUUCGUGGAGGUGGCACGUCACUGGGAUACCGGAAGCUGGGCCCCCAGUAGGCGAAUCGCCACAUAACAGAUGGAAGGGAGCAUUCAGGCCAAGGAAACACCAUACUCGAAGGCCUGGCAGCAGGAGGAGAGCAUCACAUGUUUGGGGAAGCUGCCGUGGACCUGAGUGUCCCGAUCACCCAGGUUAAGCCUUGGCCCCAACAUGUGCCUAAAGCGGCUUUUGCAGUCUGCACGGCUCCAGCGGGCUUGGAGGGCGGUCUUCGUGAAACAUGGCCCGGGCAGGCACCGGGGAGCCUGGCGACGGACACAUGCUGGAGGCGGCACCUACAGAGCAGUGAUUUUUGACAUGGGCGGAGUUCUUAUUCCUUCUCCAGGGAGAGUGGCUGCAGAAUGGGAGGUACAGAAUCAUAUCCCUUCUGGAACUAUAUUGAAGGCCUUGAUCUCAGGUGGCGAAAAUGGGCCCUGGAUGAAAUUUAUGAGAGCAGAGAUAACAACAGAGGAUUUCCUACAAGAAUUUGGGAGACUUUGCUCUGAAAUUUCAAAGACCUCCGUGCCCCUGGACUCCUUUUUCUCUCUGCUGACCAGUGAGCGAGUGGCAAAGCAGUUCCCAGUGAUGACUGAGGCCAUAACUCAGAUUCGGGCUAAAGGCCUUCAGACUGCAGUCUUGAGCAAUAAUUUUUAUCUUCCCAAUGGGAAGAGCUUUUUGCCCCUGGACCGGAAACAGUUUGAUGUGGUUGUGGAGUCCUGCCUGGAAGGUGUCUGCAAGCCAGACGCCAGGAUGUACAAGCUGUGCUUGGAGCGGCUAGGCCGGCAGCCUUCUGAGUCCAUCUUUCUGGAUGAUCUUGGACCGAAUCUAAAAGCAGCUGCCAGCCUUGGUAUUCACACCAUUAAGGUUCGUGAUCCAGAGACUGCAGUAAAGGAACUGGAAACUCUUUUGGGUUUUCCGUUGAGAAUGGCUGUUCCAAACACUCGCCCUGUGAGAAGGACAAUGGAAAUUCCCAAGGACUCCUUGGAGAAGCACCUCAAAGACUUACUGGGGACCCAAGCCACAGGCCCAUUGGAACUCCUUCAGUUUGAUCACGGGCAGUCAAAUCCCACCUACUACAUCAGGCUGGCUAAGCAUCAGCUGGUUCUGAGGAAGAAACCGCCAGGGACACUGCUCCCAUCCACGCAUGCAGUGGAGAGGGAGUUCAGGAUAAUGAAAGCCCUUGCGAAUGCUGGAGUCCCUGUCCCGAAAGUUCUUGACCUCUGUGAGGAUUCAAGGGUCAUCGGCGCCCCCUUCUAUCUGAUGGAGUACUGCCCAGGCCUCAUCUACAGAGACCCCUCUCUGCCAGGCUUGGAGCCCAGCCAGAGGCGGGCCAUCUACACUGCCAUGAACAGAGUCUUGUGCAAGAUUCACAGUGUGGACCUCAAGGCCGCAGGCCUAGAAGACUAUGGGAAACACGGGGACUAUGUUGCACGCCAGGUACAAACGUGGAUCAAGCGGUAUCGAGCCUCGGAGACCAGCACCAUCCCGCCAAUGGAGAGGCUCAUCGAGUGGCUGCCCCUCCACCUUCCCAGGCAGCAGCAGACCACAGUGGUGCACGGGGACUUCAGGCUGGACAACCUGCUGUUCCAUCCGGAAACGGCCGAGGUGCUUGCCGUCCUUGACUGGGAACUCUCGACCUUAGGCGACCCCCUUGCCGAUGUGGCCUCCAGCUGCCUGGCCCACUACCUGCCAUCCAGCUUUCCCAUUCAGCCAGGUUUGAGUGACAGUGAUCUGACUGAGCUGGGAAUCCCUACUGCAGAGGAGUAUUUCAGGAUGUACUGUCUUCACAUGAGGAUCCGUCCCACUGAGAACUGGAACUUCUACAUGGCUUUCUCCUUUUUCCGCGUUGCCGCAAUCCUGCAGGGAGUCUACAAGCGCUCACUCACAGGGCAUGCAAGCUCGGCUACUUCAGAACAAACUGAAAAGCUGACUGAAUUUAUGUCCAACCUGGCAUGGGAUUUUGCAGUCAAAGAAGGGUUCCGGGUCUUCAAGGAGAUGCCAGCAACCAAACCGUUAACAAGGUCCCACCACACGCAGGCCAGACCACAGUCCGUGCCAAGGACCCCAGGCAUGAGGAGUUAUGUCACCUCGACAGACUCUUCCCCAGCUCAUGUCUCAAAGGGAGCUCUGGUCUCCUCUCCAGAAGGCCUUUCCCCACCAGUCAGGGAGCUGUGUCAGCGGCUGAAGCAGUUUAUGGAGCGGCACGUGUACCCCGCCGAGCCGGAGCUGCAGCAUCGGCAGGCCUCAGCCGAGAAGUGGACCCCUCCCCCACUGGUCGAAGAUCUCAAGGUAAAGCAGCAUUUCGAGGUGUGGGGAGACCUCGUUAGCAACGCCCAAACUCAGCUUGUCUGCCGGCCACAUCUGUUCCCUCCCAGUCAGCGAAGAGAUGGGAGGGCCGAGUUGAAUGAUCUCUGCUUUCCACCAUCAUUAGAAAGAGCCAGCUCUAGAUCACUCCGUUUCACUUCAUUGCUCUUUCUGUGUGACCGUGUCUCGGCCUCAUACUCAGCCAGGUGGAGGAACGCCGUGUCUGUGCUUUGUAACUCUGAGGCAGGUGGGCUCAUUUUAUGCAUAUCUGAAUCAUGUAAAUUUGAAACAAAAUGAUAUAAAUUGCAUCAAUUAAAUAAGGCUCUCUUUAACGAAUCCCUAACAUCAAAGCUAAAGGGCCAGUAUACACUGUGUUUAUGCUCUUGACACACAGUGACACCACUUUAGCUGAUAACGGAAAUACCUGCUGUUCUUUUUCAGGAUUAGUCUUGGCUUGUGUUAGUUCUUAAGUUAUUUGAGGUCUUCAGGAGCACAUAUUCUGCCUGUGAUGCAACCAUCACCUACUUUAAAAAGAAAUAGCGUUAUCUCUUUUUUUCUAGUUACAAACCUAUCGCAAAGUAACCAGAGCUCGGGCUUCCCUGGUGGCGCAGUGGUUGAGAGUCUGCCUGCUGAUGCAGGGGACGCGGGUUCGUGCCCCCGUCCGGAAAGAUC